AUUCUUCCUACAAAAAGAAAAAUCAAACGCAAGUUUUCCCACAACUAUCACACUUCACAUUUUAGUAAACUAAUUUGGGUUUGCAAGUCAAGUGAGGGUUUCGGUGAAUCUUCCAAACAGAACUCACACAAAUCCCCUUUCUCUCCCUCAUCUUUAAUGGCACAGUUUACAGCACAAGGACGCCUUCGGUUGCUCUACAACGGUGAUGGAGUGUCGAAUGGUUUGGAACCCAGAGACCCAUUUCCCCAAAACGCUCACUAUAAAGUUCUUGGUGGUGGGUUGAGGUUCGCCGACGUAGCCCCAAUUCCAUUUCGAUUCUUCAAGCGUGAUCUCAGAUUCCAUGGUUCUAGUAACAGAUCAUCGUCGUCGUCCUCUGUGAACAAAUCCAGCCAUUUCAAUGCGGAGUCGCGCUUAAAUGUUGGGAAUGAUGGUAUUUACGAUGACUCCGCGGACUCUGAAUUUGAGAGGGACGAGUUGGCUUGUUUUAGAGGUUUGGUCUUGGACAUCUCUUACCGGCCUGUCAAUGUUGUCUGCUGGAAGCGUGCUAUUUGCUUGGAGUUCAUGGAGAAGGCUGAUGUUCUAGAAUAUUAUGAUCAAACUGUAAACUCUCCCAGUGGAUCCUUCUACAUCCCUGCUGUAUUAAGGGUUCCACAUUUACUUCAGGUUGUCAAGAGAAGAACAAUCAGAAACACCCUUAGUCGUAAAAAUAUAUUUUUUCGGGACAGUUUCACUUGUCAGUAUUGUUCUUCACGUGAGAACUUGACCAUUGACCAUGUUCUGCCAGUUGCACGUGGUGGACAAUGGACGUGGGAAAAUCUGGUCACUGCCUGUGCCAAAUGCAACUCUAAAAAAGGUCAAAAAACUUUAGAGGAAUCAAAUUUUAAACUUAUUAAGGUCCCCAAGAGGGAAUGGAAAGUAUAUUUCAAGAUAACCAAUGAAAGAAGCUGAACCUUCAAAUUACACGGUUCAAAUAAACUUGCUCAACGAGCUCCUAAGGACUAUGACAUACUAGCCAUACCCUUGACAACCACAGCUAUAAAGAUGCUGAAAAUGAGAAAUGGGACACCAGAAGAGUGGCGCCAGUACUUAUCAAAGCCAUCGUCGGAGCCAUGACUGCAAUCUGUGGCAGCAGUUUGUAUAUUCCUGUUAUAUUCUUCUUUUUGACGUCUCACUGUAAGGGCCUAAAAACUUGUUAGAUACUCCACUGCCAAUGUAAGGGUCAAACUUGUCUAACUUUUCUAAACAAUUCUCCCAUGUUGAUAAUAUUCAUGUAUAGUGAUCGCUAGUAUUAUGCUGUA